AUGGGUUGUUGUCUGAGUACCCACGACAACAAAACACUUCCAAAGCACUCCUCCCUCCAACCCAACACCACCCAUCAUUUCCCUUGCGUCUCCAAAUCUCCGCCGAUAGCGGAGGAGGAGGCGGUCAAGGAAGUCCUUUCCGAAACCCCCAACCCAAAACCCAAGCUCAGGCCCGAAAGCCCGAGACGGGUUGUUGUCAGUGAAGAUGAAGAGGAACUCAUGAAGUCAAAGGUGAUGCUUCUGACGCCGAAGAAGGCGUAUCCGGAGCGGAAAGUGGCGGCUCCGAAGUAUCCAGAUCCAUGUACGCCGGACGAGAUCUCGGAAGCGUCGGAAAUGUGCAGUAUCAGCGAGAGUAUUUCCACCACUACCGUCAAGGAAGAAGUCGAUCAACACCUCCAUCACCAUCAUCAGCAGCAGACAGUGUACUCCCCCAAAGAGACCGUUGCUACUCCUACGAGCAGCGGCGAGGUGCGGCAAAGGGUUUACAGAUCUCAGGGUUAUAAUCAUAAUAAUAACAAUAAUAAUAAUUCACAUAAUAGUAAUUACAAUCAGCAGUAUCAACAACAAUCCCAGCAGCAACAAUAUAAGAAUCAAGGGAGAUCGCCGGCAAGGAGACGGCCCGAACCAUCCCCGCCGCGGAAGAGGAAUCCAAGCCCGGCUGGUGGGCAUAGGAGGGAAUUUGUUGGGGAUAAUUCGACCCGGAGGUCCCAGUCCCCUGGAAUGAGGGGCAAUGUGGGUCGGAGUCCGUCUGCUAGGAGGACAGGGCCGUCUCCGGGUCGGGUCAGGAUGGUACAUGGGCCGGAGAAUGGGAAGAAGGUGGAGGAUGAAGAGGAGGAGGUUGGGUUGAAGAGAGAGAAUGAAGAGUGGCAAGGCCCGCAGGAGUCGCUUGAAAACCCACUUGUUUCUUUGGAGUGUUUCAUCUUUCUGUAG